AUGCCCUUACAGUGUGAGAUGUCCAGUGGAAAAGUCUUAGAGGAGACUUAUCUGAAGUGGGUCCAGUAUAAAGAAGACUGUGUCACAAUGAUAGAAAAUGAGCCGCUCCCUCAAGCUGGCUUGUUCUGUAACAGGACAUUUGACAGAUACGCCUGCUGGCCAGAUACUCCGGCUGGCUCUGUGAUCAACAUCUCAUGUCCUUUCUACCUGCCCUGGUAUGAUCAAGUCUCCCAGGGUGUUGUGCGCCGGCUGUGUGGCUCAGACGGCCUCUGGGAGAGAGAUGACAACGAGCAGGUGUGGAGGGACAUGACCCAGUGUGAGGAGGAAAAAGAGGUCAAGUCUCAGGAGCUGUGGUUCAAACAACUGAUGGUGAGCUUCAGGAUGUUGUACACGGUCGGCUAUUCCUUGUCCCUCUUCAUGCUCGUAACGGCUCUUAUCAUUCUCCUGAGCUUAAGGAAACUGCAUUGCACCAGGAACUACAUUCAUGCUAACCUCUUCAUGUCCCUCAUCCUUCGAGCUGUAUCUGUUAUUAUUAAGGAUACCAUGCUGGAACGCCACUGGGGAAGAGAAAUCAUGAAACACGGAGAUGUGAGCGAGAUGCUCAGUCACCAGGCUGCUAUUGGCUGCAGGGUAGCACAGGUAAUGAUGCAGUACUGUGUCCUGGCCAAUCACUAUUGGUUCUUUGGAGAGGCAAUUUAUCUGUACUCUGUGCUUAUUGCCUCAGUGUUCAUCGACAACAACAAAUACUUACCUUACAUUUGUCUUGGCUGGGGAACUCCACUUCUGUUUGUGGUUCCCUGGGUAGUGAUGAAGCAAUUGAAAGAGAAUAAAGAGUGUUGGGCUGUCAAUGAGAACAUGAACUACUGGUGGAUCAUUCGUUUCCCAAUUCUACUUGCUUCACUAAUCAACUUUUUGAUUUUCAUGAAGAUCCUGAAGGUCAUUCUUUCGAAAUUACGUGCCAGCAACCAGAGUGGAUACCCUGACUACAAACUUAGGCUUGCUAAGGCAACCCUUACCCUCAUCCCUCUGUUUGGGGUUCAUGAGAUCAUAUUCAUCUUUGCGACAGACGAGCAGACAACAGGUGUUCUGCGCUACAUUAAAGUCUUCUUCACCCUUUUCCUCAAUUCAUUUCAGGGCGUUUUGGUGGCUGUGCUCUACUGCUACGCCAAUAAAGAGGUCAGGACAGAGCUGAAGAGGAAGUUACACAGCUGGAGGAUAGAGGCUGCGAUUGUAUGCUGUGGAAAGUGA